UGAUAAUGAUAACCAUAUAAAAUUUGUUAAUAAUGAAUCAACAACAUUGGAUAAAUCACCUACACAUUUAUUAAAUUCAUCAACAACAUUUAUAAUUGAUAACAAUAUACAGGAUAGCGGUGUAAGUAAUCAACACGUGUCAUCAUCGUCGUCGUCGUUACCACCAUUAUUAUCAUCAACAUCAAAAUCAUCAUUAUGGUGGAAACCUUCACGUAAUAAUCAUAUUUGUGGUAUACAAUCAUCAUUCUAUCGUCAAGUUUCUUCAUCAUCUUCAUCGGUGUCGUCGGUGUCAAUGAAUUUAACUAAUAAUAUUUCACUACCAUCAUCAUCGACAACCGCUGUUCCAUUGUCAACAAUUUCUCAAUCAAAAUCGACUACCAUAUCACCACAGCAUUCAUUACAACAACAGCUUCGAACAAGUCGAAUUGUUGGUGGUGAUGCUGUUAUACAAGGAGAAUUUCCAUGGAUGGUGUCGCUUUUACUUCGUGGACGACAUUAUUGUGGUGCCGUUAUAAUUGAUAAUGAUUGGUUAUUGACUGCUGCACAUUGUGUUUAUGGUCAUGAUCCACAUCAAUUUACUGCAUUAAUAGGAAGUAUAUUUAGUGUUUCAGCAUCAUCAUCAUCCAGAAAAUCAUCGACAACAACAACAACGGCAGCAACUAUUUCGACAUCCACAACAUCAUCACAACUAAAGUCAUCGACCCAUCAUCAUCCACUAUCAUCAUCAUCAUCAUCAACUUCCUUUACAUUAUCAUCGACAAUAAAACCUCCAUCAUCAUCAUCAUCAACAACAAAUAAAAAUUUCUGGAAUCUAUUUCCACCAUUACCACCGCCACAUCAAACCAUAUCGAAUGUAUUGAAAGAAAAUAAUCGAACAAAAGAAUAUUUUGAUAUUGAUGAUGAUGAUGAUGAUGAUGAUGAAUAUCAUCAUCACAGGCCAAUCAAUACGGAUGAUUUAGUUAUUGUUGUUGAAGAUACGAAUGAAGAUUAUAAUAAUAAUAACAAAAACUUUGAUAAUCUAAAUUCACAUCAUCAUCAUCAUGUAUCAUCGGUGAAUACGAAUAAUGCAUCCUUGAAUGGAUUGGAAAAACACCAUGGAUCAUCAACAACAACAACAACAACAAAACAUUCAAACAAUCAAAAUCUUCGUCUAAUCAAAAUUGAACAAUUAAUUGUACAUGAAAAUUUUACACGUACUGAAUUUUUUCGCAAUGAUAUUGCAUUAAUCAAACUUAGUGAAAAAAUUGUCUAUAAUGAAAAUAUAUCACCAGUUUGUCUGCCAACAAUAUCGAUGGCUACAUCUAUAUUGAAUCAAAAUCAACCAUCAUCAUCAUCAUCCACAACAUCAACAACUUCGAUUAAUGGACAUCAGCCAUCAAAUUAUUAUCAUCAUCAUCAUGAAGAUUUAGAUGAUUUAACAACAACUUCGAUCAAUAAUGUUGAUGAUACAAAUUCUGAUCUCGAUGUUGAUGUUGAUGAUGAGAAUUUAAAAUUAAGUCAUAGACGUGGUUAUCGUGCUGCUGCUGCUGUUCAUACUUCAUCAUCAACUUUGAUACCACCAUCAUUAUCAUUACCAACAUUGGAUCAUCAUUCAACCGGAAUUGUUGUUGGUUGGGGUUCAGUUGAACGUCAUGGUGAUUCAUCUGGUUCAGGUUCAAGUGCAACAACAACAAUGGAUCAAUCAACACAAUCACUUAAUACAUUAGCCGAUAAUUUUGUUGAACAAUGGAAUCGUAUGCGUAAUGAUUCUAUGAAUACAAACAAUUUAUAUAUCGAUAAUAAUAUGGAUAAUGAUGGUCGUUGGACAAUAAUGAAUCCUGUAUUAGAUUCAGAUGAUUUAUUACAAUUAAGAAAAGUUGAAUUACCAUUUAUUGAUCGUUUUACAUGUGAACGUUGGUAUGCAAGUCGUUCACGACCAAUACAAUUAAUUGAACGACAAUUUUGUGCCGGUCUUUAUGAAGGUGGUAAAGAUGCUUGUCGUGGUGAUUCUGGUGGUCCAAUGUUGGAACGUUUACUUACAUAUGAUUCAAUUAAUAAUCGUAUGAUUGAACAAUAUCGUGUUGUUGGUAUUGUAUCGGCUGGUAUUGGUUGUGCACUACCAAAAUUACCCGGUAUCUAUACACGUGUUGAAUCAUAUUUAGAUUGGAUUGAAUUGAAUAUUAAUCAUUAUGAAAUGGAAAAAAUUAGACAAAAUAAUGAUAAUAAUGGUAAUAAUGGUAAUAAUGGCAAUAAUCGUAAUUCGAAUAAUAUUUCAACGAAAAUCAAUUAUCAUCCACAUUAUCCAAAUGAUAAUCAUAUUAUUUAUAAUUAUAAAACAAAACUUAAUGAUCAUCAUAAUUAUCAUCCAUUCAAUGAUAAUGAUAAUAUGGAUUAUGAUCAAUCGAUAUUAUAUCCGGAUAAUGUUUCGGAAAUUGAACCAAAUCAUGAUGAAGAUCCGGAUUUAGGUUGGAGUAGAUAGAAAACC